AGCCAACACUCCGAUUAUGGAAGUAGGGACGAGAAGCGGUGGGUGGAGAGCACGUGCUGUUUUGGUAGGCCAGAAAACGACACAGCGUUCGCGUCUUUAAAUGGAAAACUGCACGUUAACUUUUUGAUUUGAGCGUCAUAAUCAGUUUUUUGACCUAUUCUUAAUUUUUUUCCUCAUAAAUUAAUUUUGCAGCAGGUCGCUUAAAAGCAGAAAUACAAAAAACAAGACAAAUCCCACCAAAACGGUGUCGCGAGAACGUUGAAGAAGAAGAAGAAGAAUCCCAAUUAAUUUGGCGCACUGCUUCCUUUUAACAUUAUUAUAUUCUCCGUGAUCCGUUUCCCGACGAUAUUGGAAUCUGAAAAAUCCAAAAAUCGAAACCCUGAAUUAAAAGGGAAAUCUCGCUGACAAAGAGUCAAGGAAGAAGAAGACGACGACGAAGAAAGAUGUGGAGACGCGUGGCUUCUUCACUUUCUCCGAUGAUAUCUUCUUCAUCAUCAUCAUCGAGAUCCCUUGCGCUCAACCAGGCAGCUUCUGGACUCAAACUUGGGGAAUUUUUUUCAACACACAUGAUUAAUCCGGAAGAACGAGUUUCUCCGCCGAAAGAGAAAGCUCCAUUCAUCACAUUUGUUCUAGGAGGUCCUGGAAGUGGAAAAGGUACACAAUGCGAAAAGAUUGUUGAGACUUUUGGAUUACAACAUCUAAGUGCUGGUGAUUUGCUCAGAAGAGAAAUCGCAAUGAACACGAAAAAUGGGGCUACGAUUCUGAACUUGAUUAAAGAUGGGAAAAUUGUUCCUUCGGAAGUUACAGUAAAACUAAUACAGAAAGAGCUGGAAUCGAGUGACAGUAGCAAGUUUCUCAUUGAUGGUUUUCCAAGAACUGAAGAAAACCGUGUUGCAUUUGAGCGCAUUAUUAGAGCAGACCCUGAUGUCGUACUGUUCUUCGAUUGCCCUGAAGAAGAGAUGGUGACGCGUGUCUUGAAUCGUAAUCAGGGCCGGAUUGAUGAUAAUAUAACUACAAUGAAGAAGCGUCUGAAAAUCUUUAAUGCUUUAAACCGUCCUGUUAUCGACUACUACAAAAAUAAAGGAAAACUCUACACUAUUAAUGCAAUAGGAACAGUAGAUGACAUAUUCCAACAACACGUUCUACCUAUUUUCAAUUCAUUUGAGCAAUUCAAGGAGAGUCGGCAUGUAAAUCCAAAGUCCACUAUCAGUUCGAGUUUGGUAGAAAGUUCUUCCUGAAAUAUUGUUUCACUAGUCUUGAAUUCUGUUGCACUAUGCAAUUCUCAUUGCAUCGUCUUGUUUGUACUAACUAUCAUAAGGUCAGAAAAAAAAACAAAAAAAAUGUUACUUCAAACUUCUAAUUAUCUAUAAAUAGUUUUUUUACAUUA